UACACUUCUUUCCUCCUCUCUUCCUUUUCGUCUUUUGACUUUUCGUUUCUUUCUGACUAAACAUGAUUGCAUCCGACAACGCAGUACUAGAACUGAUCUUCAACCCAGAAUUACAAGGUCAAGGAUUUCCUCCGCCGGAUACCCAAGAUAAAGAUGCCUAUGCCAGCAGUAUCGAUCCUGAACUUCUUAAAGAGCUCAAACAGUUGGAGCACGAAGGCAUAGAACACGCAAACAACGGGAAGGUACAAGAUGCAUUAAACUCCUUGGAUGCAUGCAUAAGUCGGGAACCUGCAUACGCCGCAGCUUAUAACAAUCGUGCCCAAGUCCAUCGAUUGAUGAAAAACAACGAAGCUGCCAUGAAGGACCUGGAUAGUGCAAUUGAAAAGGCUAAUGAUCAAAACUGGAUUUUGAGACAGGCAUACACACAACGAGCUAUCCUGAAGAAACAGAUGGGUGACAAGGAUGGAUCACUGGACGAUUUCCAGCUGGGCGCCAAGCAUGGAAGUCCAAUUGCAAGAGAGAUUGUGGUUAGCGAAAACCCAUAUGCCAAGAUGUGCAAUCAAGCAGUGAUGGAGGUCAUGGGUCGUGAAUUCAACAUCCAAUAAAAAAAAUAUGUAUUUGAGAGACAACGAAUAUGAAAAGAGGAU